UCACAUCUAAAGAGAUGAAUGUUCCAGGUGGUUCUCCGAGGUUGGUUCCAGGCUCAUCACCAGUUCUAGAUGAGGCUCUCAGGAGACGACAGCAGUACUUUGAAUCCAAAUCUGUUUUACACAGAGUCAUAUUUCUCCUUCUACUCUGCUCUGGAACUAUUUUGGAUCUGAAGUACUCCGUUCUGGUUAGGUUUCUUAAUCUUCAGCAGUCCUUCUCUGUCCUUCUCUUCCUGUUGGAGACAAUACUUUCUGUUUUCUCCUUCACAAACCUUCUCUGCCUGGGAUGGAGAUGGAUGUCUCCGCUCUACUCAACCCCUCUCCAACUCUCAGAUAAACAGUUCAGACUGUUAAGACUCCAACAAGAAACUCCAGGGUUUGCUCGGAGCCCGGAGAAAGAAGAGAAGUAUCCGAACCCGUUUACUCCUCUGCCAGGUUCUCUGAUCUCUUCUCCUAAACCGUCUAAACCGUCCCCUGCAUCUCCAGCCCAUAGUUCUACCCCGAUCAAUACAUCUGUGACGAGCUGGUUAUCCUCCAGUGGUAAUUCACCCAGCUCACCGGUUUCUCCGAGUAACACGUCCUUGAACACUUCUAAUCUAAGACGAGAUCAUUACUCCGGGUAUGAUUCUCCGAUCACGGAUGAGAACCAGCUUUCUGAGUAUCUAAGUGACUACUCUGCCUGGGAGACAAGUAUGACGGAUCGGUUGGACGACAGCGGGAGCGUAGCAAGUCAAAGUAUUUUCUUCUGGCGGGCCGGAACUAGAACUGAACCACAGCCUUGCAGGAGAACGGUUUAUCAGCUCUCUAGUCCCCCGACUAAGCUGACCAGUGCUGGCCACGACUCCCCAGCUGACAAGGCCCAGACGGAGAUCCUUUCCCAGAGGUUAGGUGUGGACCCAAUGAGGUUGGUUGCGUGGAAUGAGAACCUCAGGAUCUGGAUCACGCAGACUAUCCUUAAACCUCUGGUAUCUGAGCUGGAGACGGUCAAUUUGUCUCUUCCUAAGAAUGGAGUAUCAGAUUGUAAGAUCGGAGAAUCUCCUCUAGACAGAUUGCGUAAGGUUGCAGCUCUCCCCCAGGUUUCCUCGAAUCUACCAACUCUGUGUUCUCUGCUACCCUUCCUAGAGGUUUCAGCAGACCAGGAGUAUCUUGUCUCAAGGAUCAAGGAGUUGAGUGGGACUGGAGCUCUCUCUAGGUACCGUUGGAACUCUGGAGGUACGCAUAAGGGACAACAAUGGACGGAAAAGCUACCGACCGAUAGUGAGCUGUUGGUUCAUCUGCUGGCUUCCUACCUGGAUAGUAGACUGGUCGCAUCAAGUAGAACCAGACUAGCGGACACUCAGGAGUCAAUGCCAUUCUCACAUUCACAUUUCUUCAAGUUUGGAGAGAAGGUUGAAAGCUGUGAAAAAGAUCUGUUGGCGAUUGUUCAGAUUCAAGCUAGGCCUCCUCAUUAUGUAGUUCAGGUUGGAGAUAAGCAGCUGGAUGUUGGAUCUGGAAGAAAUAAUAUGCUCCAUACUCUUCUCCUCUUCUUGCACAAGAUCAGAGAAGAGAGAGGAGGAAUGUUAGGCCAGGUCAAUCUUGGUCUAUCAGGGCUUAAUAUACUCUGGGUAUUAGACUAAACUAGACCGAAGGCCGGACCCUGGAGGAUCAAAUCAUUAAAUUCUGGUUAACCUCCGUCAUAGGACUAGAUUUACCCUAGGUACUAGACUGAACUAGACCAAUGGGGCCCUGGAUCAUGCAUAAUGCAUGGAACCAAGCAUUAUUUUGAGUUAUGGUUAACCUCAAGCAUAAGACUAUCUUCAUACUAAGUACUGGAUUAACCCAGAUCGAAGGGGCCCUGGACUAUAUAAUCAUAGAACCUAGUAGUAUUAGAGUAAACAAGGCUAUGGGUCCUGAACCUACCAAAAAUAAAUCCUUUUAUUUUUUGACCCGAGGUCUAAAUGUACAUUAUUAUAAUGGAUUCUUGUGAUCCUGAGUCACGAAAUUGUCUAAAGUCUAAAUGUGUUUUGUACAGUGUACAUAGAAAUGUACAUAAAAAUGUACAUAGAAAUGUACAUAGAAACGUACAUAGAAAUGUACAUAGAAAUGUACAUAGAAAUGUACAUAGAAAUGUACAUAGAAACGUACAUAGAAAUGACUAGUUGACACUUUUUUGAAAAUUAUUUUCUCAUGAACAUUUUUCAAUAUCUUUUCAUCAAUAAACAGACCCUUAUCUAAAAUUUGGAGCCUUUGCUCAUUUUGAUCUUUGUCAAUUAUAGAACGGACUCUAAUCUAAUAGUACUUGGUUCUACAUUAUUUGGGGCCAUUUAUAGAAGAUGUUGCUUAGUUUAUAAAGGGGCAAUGGCAUUAUUACGUAAUAAACGGUCCCUUGUCUACUAGACAUUGGUCUGUUAGAUAUCUGGCACUGCAGCAUAGCACCCAAGUGUAUUACAAUUUCAGUGACCCUAAAAUUAAAACUACUUGUUUAUAAUUAAGUAAAUUGUCUUAAAAUUCCAACAGAUUUACGGCUGUGUAUAAUCCUAGUAUUUUCAGUAUAAACAGUUCAUUCAAUGUUGGCAUUAUUGUUAAUCAUUGCUUGGUUGCUGAUCAGCAACCAAAAAAUUGAAUGCAAAAAUAAAUAUAUUUUUUUC